AUGAGGCCAUCAGAAAUGCUCCUCUUCAAAAGGAUAAAAAGUGACUCCAGAGAAGGGUCCGAGCCGACGGGUGCUGCACGACUGGCCUUAAGGAUGCUGUGGGCUGGGCAGGCCAAAGGGAUCCUGGGAGGCUGGAGGAUUCUCUGCUUGGUGAUGUCUCUACUCCUCCAGCACCAAGGAGUGCACAGCAAGUGCUACUUCCAAGCUCAAGCCCCUUGUCAGUAUGAAGGCAAGUACUUCACCCUGGGCGAGUCCUGGCUCCGCAAGGACUGUUUCCACUGCACCUGUCUGCACCCGGUUGGCGUGGGCUGCUGUGACACAUCCCAGCAUCCCAUUGACUUCCCUGCUGAAUGCGAGGUUCGCCAGGAACCUGGAACCUGUCAGUUCUCCCUGGUGCAAAAAUCUGACCCUCAGUUGCCCUGUAAAGGGAGAGGGCCCGACUUGGAGUGGGGCUCAGCCAACACGCCUGUUCCUGGGGCUGCUGCUCCCCAGGCUGGCUAA